AUGACGGGCUCUCGGCCAGGCCUCGGAAAGUUGCUGCAGCAGCACAAGGCUGAGCUUCGUGUGCUGAGGACAGAAGCCAAGAGGGCGUGCGCUAAAGCAAAAGGUAAAGAAGACAAAGCAGCAGCUGAAGAAAAAUAUACAGAGAGAGAGAGAGAGCUGCUGCUGAAGCAGCAGCAGCAGCUGCAGCAGCUUGCUGCUGCAGCAGAAGAAGACUCCGAUGUAGAUACACCUGAAGUGGAAGCAAUCAAGGCAGCAGCAGCAGCUGCUGAAGCAGCAGCAGCUGCUGCUGCUGCUCCUGCCUCUGGCUCACCUGCAAAGCCAAGCAAUCCGCUGGCAGCGAAGGAGGAAGGAGUGUUGCGUGAUCUUGAAGAGCUUACUCUUUAUUCAUUGGGCGAUGAACCUGCUGGUAGUGCGGGUGAGGCGGAGUGGAACUUGUUAGCGUCGCAUUUAGAGAAAGAGGGUCUGAUGAUUUAUUCAAUUCCAGGAGACGGAGACUGUCUCUUCAGGUCGCUCGUUCACCAGCUGCAGCAGAUAAAUGCAAAGGAAGGGGUUUGGGGUGUACGCGAGUUGAGGGCAGCGAUUGCCGAAACCCUAAAAAGAAAUAGACAGACAUUUAUUACUUUUCUUGAUGAACAACACCAAGAAGAAACAGCGUAUGAGGCUUUUUGUGAAAACAUCCGAAACAGCAAUGACUGGGGGGGCGAAAUUGAAAUCCAAGCCGCUUCUCAGCUGCUUCAUCGACAGAUAAUUGUUUACGUAGGGGGAGACCCCGUAACCGUUCUCAACUACGGGGAGGAAUUUGCAGGGGCUGCACCACUGCGGCUGACUUUUCAUCGCUCUCUUCUUUCUUCUGGGGCUCAUUAUAACUCUGUUGUUAAAUUCAUUAAAACAAAUGCAGAUAACUUUCGUGUAGUCUGCGUGUCUAUUCCGCUUUUUGCUGCUGGUGAGGAGACACACGGUAGCGUCUCUUUAUUACAGCCUUCUCUUUGGGGGCCCUCUUCAAAGAUGAUUAAAAUAAAGGUUGCUGCUGCAACACCAGCGAAAGAGCUGCUGCUAAUGCUGCUGACAAUGCACACAGCUGUCUCCUCAGAUGUGCUGCAGCAGUUCCGCCAGCAGCAGCAGCAGCAGCAGCAGCAGCAACAGCAACAGUUGCUGCUAACAGCACUUGAACAGAACCCAGAGCUGCGAGGAAAUAUUGAUUUGCUGCUGAAGGAGGCAGCUAACUGCAGCAGCAGCAGCAGCAGCAGCAGGGUCAGCAGCUGGACCAGGAGGAGCAGCAGAAGAAGAAGGAGCAGCAGCAGCAGCAGCAGCAGCAGCAUCACCGAUGUUCUACCCGAACGAAUGCAUGCAGUUGCUGCUGCUGCUGCUGCACUCUCUACUUCUUCUUUACCUCAGGUGUAUGCAUCUUCUCUCUUAAGCCGUUUUACGUUUGCUGCUGGAGACAGAAAAAUAAGGGUAUCGAAGCCCCGCCGCAGCAGCAGCAGCAGCAGCAGCAGCAUCAGGAGCAGCAGCAGCAGCAGCAAAGCAAGACACGAACUUAAGAAAGACGCUGCAGCAGGAAGCAGCACAGACAGACGAAAAGCAGCAAAAAGAGAGAGAAGAACAGCGAGGAGACAGCAAAUUCAAUCUGCUGCUGUUGGAGGCACACGCAGCAGCAGCAGCAGCAGCAGCAGCACAAAGAGAGCAGCAAACAAAGACAAAGGAGACAAAGAAAAAGACAGACAUAAAGAGACAGAUAAAAAUAAGGAGACAGAUAAAAAUAAGGAGACAGAUAAAAAUAAAGAGACAGAUAAAGAUAAAGAGACAGAUAAAGAUAAGGAGACAGAUAAAGAGACAGAUAAAGAGACAGAUAAAGAGACAGACAAAGAUAAGGAGACAGAUAUAGAUAAAGAGACAGAUAAUGAUAUAGAUAAAGAUAAGGAGACAGAUAUAGAUAAAGAUGUAGAUAAAGAUAUAGAUAAGGAGACAGAUAAAGAUAUAGACAAAGAUAUAGAUAAAGAUGUAGAUAUAGAUAAAGAUGUAGAUAAAGAGAUAGAUGAAGAGACAGAUAAAGAUACAGAUAAGGAGACAGAUAAAGAUACAGAUAAAGAGACAGAUAAAGAGACAGAUAAAGAGACAGAUAAAGAGACAGAUAAAGAUACAGAUAAAGAGACAGAUAAAGAGACAGACCCAGAAGGAGACAGUGAAGGCGAAGACAAAGAUAGAGAGAAAGAUAAAGAUAAAGAGAGAGAUAAAGGGACAGACAAAGAGACAGCAAGGGAGACAGAUAAAGAAAGAGACAAAGAUAUGGAUACAGAGAGAGAGACAGAGAUAGAUAAAGAGACAGAAACAGAGAAGUAUAAAGAAAAAGAAGACAGCAGCGAUAAAGAAGGAGACAGCGAUACAGAGAGAGAUAAAAAGAGAGAUAAGCAAAAGGAGACAGACAAAACAAAUAAUGAAGACAACGAACUAAUAAAUACUAAGGACUUGCUGGGCGAGGCAUUGGCGCUGUGGCAGGAUCAGGUGUCUGCGCAGCUUCUGCUGUCUCUGCAGCUAGAUAAGAGACAAACAAUAGACCUUUCAGGAAGAAUCAUCAAUGUGGAGGUGUUUUUACUGAGCCCAGCGCAUUCUUCUUUAGUUUUGUCUGUCCCGUCUGAUAUGUCUCUCUCUGUCUUUCUUUAUAAUUUUUUUUCUUUAGCAACAAAUGCUCCUGUUGCUGACCCUGCUGCGGAUCCUGCUGCAGCAACAGCAGCAGCAACAGCAGCAGCAGCAGCAGCAGCAGCAUUCCUUGAUGACAACAACCCCGAUCUUUAUGCUACGUCAUUCGAACGAAGGAGACUGCAAGGAGACAUGCGUAUUAAAGAUGCAGCAAAAGCAGGCAUCGUUGUGCAUCCUCUGGACUGGGAAGAAGAGCAGGGCAGCUUUCAGGAGACAGCAGCAGCAGGAAGCAGCAGCAGCAGCAAACAGCAACUACAACGGCAGCAGCAGCAGCAGGGGGGCCCUGCUGCUGCAGAAGGAGACAUCACCAGCAGCAGCAGCAGCAGCAGCAGCAACCAGCCACUGGGGCUAGAGGGUGUACCUUUACCUGCUGCAGCGCUGUCUCCGCUGGGCUCUCAGCAUUUGUUUUAUUUAGCUUCUACAGCAGCAGAAGGGUUUAACAAGGAGACAGGAGGAGACAGCAGCAGCGAUGUGUCUCCUUUGCUGUCUCUUUAUCUACUUGUAGGGCCCAAAAGACACCCGUCAGGCAGCAGUGUGCUGCUGCAGCUGAAUGAUGUACACCCUAAAAUGCUGCAGGAAGAGCUGCUGCUGCGCAUUGCUUGGCAGCGCUUGCAUGCACCUCUAAUGAAGCCUUUGAAAGACUUCAGGAUCUGUUAUCAGCUGCCUCCUCCUCCUCCUCCCGCAUCUGCGGCUGCUGCUGCUGCUGCUGCUGCUGCUGCUGCUGAUGGUCUUGGUGCUGCUGCUGCUCCUCCUAUGCCUUCCGGUGCUGCAGCAAGUGCAGCAGCUGCUGCUGCUGCAGUCGCUGGCUUGACUGCAGCAGGAGCAACAGCAGCAGCUGCUGCUGCUUCUGCUGCUGGAGAGGCGCUUGACGAGGACGCUGCAGGAAGCACAGCAGCAGCAGCAGCAGCAGCUGCUGCUGCUGCUGCUGCUGCUGCAGGAGACGCAUUAAACCGGUGCAUCAGCCUGUCUCCUGGGAGCUCUGUUGAGGAGUUGCUAUUAGCAGCAAACGCAGCAGGAGGGCAGCUGUCUCUUCUACCUGUUUUUGAAGCUGAAGCUGAGGAGACACCCGAAAUAGAAGUAAUAAGGAGACAGCAGCAAGAAAGACAAAGACGAAGCCAUAUUGUUUGCUUCCCUCCUUAUCUCUCAAUGCAAGAUAAUACUGUUAGUGUGACGAUGGCUCUUCCUUCAGGGGGUGUCUUUACAGUGGUGAAUGUUCCUGCUGCUGCUCCUGUCUCUUCUUUGAUGCAUUCAAUUCGUUUAUUGAUUUCUUAUUCAAGAGAGAGACUAAUAAAACUGCCUACAGGUGUAACAGCAGAAGCAUUAGUCUUAGUCUCUUCAAGACAGCAGCAGCUGCUGCCGCAGGAGACGCCUGCUUGGCGUCUACGCUGCUUAGAGGGGGACGAGGAGACACCCGAGCAGCAGAAAGAAAAACAUAACAAGUCCGAUGCAGCAAUUGAUAAAGCAAUUAAAGCUAUUCAGCAUGCAUGCAAAGAAAGAGACGCCCCAACGAUGCUGCAGUUCAAGUAUAGGCCCUUCGAUAACUCCGAGUUUUGUCUCCGCAUGCAACCCCUAAGAGACCGAGUCUUUGAUUUUUCUCGAGCAGAGUUAAGCGGCAAAGCAAAAGGAGACAGAGACAGAGACAUUUAA